AUGCGGGCAUCUGCGGCGCUCCUUUGGACCUUUGGGACGCUAUCGUCCUUUGCGAGCGCAAUUGCCGGCACGACACUCACUGAUGACGACCUGCGCAACAUCCCCUCGCCGGGCUCCGACUUUGACAUCAAGGACGGCAAGCUGCUGGCGCCGAUCCUGAUCCCACGAGUGCCCGGGACGCCGGGCCAGACCCAGGCGCAGAAGCACUUGGUCGACUUCUUCGCGACACAAUUGCCCGGGUGGGAAAGGACCUGGCACAACUCGACGUCGCGGACGCCGGCAACGGGCGACCGCGAGGUGCCGUUCGACAACCUCAUCUUCCGGCGCGACCCGCCGUGGGCCAAGACGGGCGACGUCGGGCGGCUGACACUGGUGGCGCACUACGACAGCAAGCGGACGCCCGAGGGCUUCAUCGGGGCGACGGACAGUGCGGCGCCGUGCGCGAUGCUGCUGCACGCGGCGCGCAGCCUGGACGCGGCGCUGGCGGCGCGCUGGGCGGCGAUGGAGGCGUCGGGCGAGGCGGACACGGCGCUGGAGCCGGCGGCCGGGGUGCAGAUCAUCUUCCUGGAUGGCGAAGAGGCGUUCGUGCAGUGGACCGACGAAGACUCGCUGUACGGGGCGCGGGCGCUGGCGGAGCACUGGGAGCACGACUUCCACGCGCCCGCCUCCGCGUACCGCACGCCGCUCGGCGCCAUCAGCCUGUUCGUGCUGCUGGACCUGCUCGGCGCGGAGGCGCCGUCGAUCCCGUCGUACUUUGUCACGACGCACUGGGCGUACCGUAAGAUGGCGCUGCUGGAGCGUCGCAUGCGCGACCUGGGCCUGCUUGAGGUCGCGGGGCCGAGUCACGCGUUCCUGCCGGACGGGGAGGAGGAGGGGGCGGCGCAGCGGUUCGGCGCCGUACAGGAUGACCAUGUGCCGUUCAUGCACCGCGGCGUCGACGUCCUCCACCUCAUCCCCUCGCCGUUCCCGCGCGUCUGGCACACGCUCGACGACGACGGCGAGCACCUCCACAUGCCUACGACCCGCGACUGGGCCAAGAUCGUGACGGCGUUUGCGGCCGAGUGGCUCGACCUGACGGGGAUGCUGCCCCAGCUGGGGCCGAAGAGGAACAAGCGGGCUGAGGCGGAACCGGUGCCUACGAUGGAGCGCGCUGACUUGUGA